AUGCAGCUUACACUUGAGUUCGGAGGGGGUUUGGAGCUUCUCUGUGACUCCAAGAAGUUUCACCAUGUCAAUGUUGAAUUUGAACCAAAAAAUGGACAAGACAAGUUAACCAUGAGAGAAUUGCUUUCUUGGGUGCAACCCAACUUAAUUAAGGAGAGACCCGAAAUGUUCAUAAAAGGAGAUACUAUGAGACCUGGAGUUCUCGUCGUUGUGAACGACUAUGAUUGGGAGCUAAGCGAGCAGCUGAAUACAACACAACAUCCUCACCAAUCUCCAUCUCCCUUUCGUUUUCUGUCAUCACCCGUUACGGCCCUUUCUGCUCCAAAACAUUAUUUGCCUCACAAUACCAUUUUAUCACCAAUCCAACUGCCACUUUUACCCCCUAUACAUUCUUUUGUCUCCACCCUUCAUCUGUUAGUCUGCAACCCACCAACCUUUAAACCCAUCUUCAUCAAAUGUGCCGCCACCACCCCAUUCAUCGUCGUGCCGUUAAACAUAGGCAAAAAUGAUGAUGUUGUCGAUUAUAUUGUUACCAGUUCAUGGAGCGAUGAAGCUUUCAAGGAAGCUCAAAGAUAUUGCAAACCGAAUGUAAUCUGGAGAGUAGUCACCGGAAACGGAAAUGAGGGAAUGGAAGCAUCGUCGAGUGGAGCUACCAGAAGAGCUAUCGAAAAUGUCAUCGUGCUUUCGUGUGAGUCUACGACAAAGGGUGGUUUUUGUGACGUCUACGUUGUUGGAACCGUUCAUAUCUCAAAGGAAUCAAGCCAACAAGCUGAAGCUUUUGUAAAAUAUUUGAAACCAGAGAGGAAUUUGUGGAGAGGAAGAGUGAUGUGUUUAUGA